GCUCAGAAGCAGGGUGAGGAUGUGUUGAACAUUGCUGCUCCAAAGCUCCUUGGGAAGGAGUGCAGUGAAGACCCGACCCUGGAUGUGAUUCGCAGUCGACUUACACUUGUCAGCCUUGCAUUGAACUCAUCGACCGAAAAGGAUGGUGAGAUAGCAAGCAAACGGCUGCGUGCUUUGGCAAUGGAAGACAAGUACCUGAAGGAUUGCGAGUCCACUCUUUUUGCUGAGUCAGAUGCAGUGAUGACUCUAGGAAGCCUGCGAGGAGAAAGGGCUGUCAAAAUGGAUUUGCUUCCUACUGCGGACCACGUGCUGAAAAUGGCAGAGAAGCACCGCACAUCAAUCGCAAUUCUCAAGAAGCUGGCUGAGUGCUUGAGCAAGGAAUCCGAGACUUGGCAAUCUCAAGUCAAAGCUUUGCUCAAAGCAAAGCAAGACGAAGAGACUGCUCAGACCAAGGCAGCUCAAAAGGCAGAGUCGGCUAGAGCCAAAGAGAUUGCAAAGCAAAGAAUUAGAGAACAAAAGAAGCAAGAACGGGAACAGCAGCAAGAGCAGGCAAAGGCUGCCGCUGCCACAGAAGCACAACCAGGACCAGAGCCAUUGUUGAAUGAGCCAAAAAAGCGAAGAAGGACAGGAGGCAUUGCAGAGCUAUCAGAAGAUGACCCUACGAUCCUAAAGGAGAUGACCAAGUUCAGUGGAGGAUCAUUGGUCUUUGCCAAUGACCUACAUGAUUUUGGGCGCCGGGUCUGUCUUCACCCAGAGAUUGCAUGUGGAGUCAGGUUGAAGAGCACUCCGGUGAGGAAAGUCUUGGCGGCUUUGGCUCAGUUGGUUGGUGGGUGGCGGCGGCGG